AUGAGCGGUGUUCGACCGCUAUUACGAAACGCGGAGGGCGAUGUGCUUGAAAACGAAGUAAGAUCUGGAGAGGGAAGCGUUCGGCAAGACGACCUAGCUAAUGGCUCUCUGAAUGAUCAUGUAAAACCGACACGGAAAACAAAGGAUGUCAAUCUUCGCCUGCUGCAAUCUUUACCUCAACGACCGGAACAAAAUGUUUCGUCAACGUCAAAAGAUAAUGGAAAAGCGCUUCCUAUUGCAGAAGUCGACUCGAAAAUUGAAACAUUAACCUCGCCUCCUCUGGCCGGAUCCGACACCGUUUCGCUACUGAGGAGCAUACAAGUACUAAAGGAAAUCCCACGAGGGAAUCGGAAUGCGAGCGAGUCUCCAUCAGACAGGCCGUACGAGUCUAACAUACACAGCGAGAAGAAGAGCCUCGCCGAGGACACGGAAAAUGAGGACUCCGAUAUUGAUAUAGCUGAUAUUCUUAACGAUUCCACCCGUUCUGCCUGGGUUCGUUUGUAA